GCUUGGCUCUUUCCCACUUCCCUCUCUCUUUCCCUCUCUCUUUUUGCAUUGCAAUUGACAGAAACAAAUCCCCCUUCUUGCCGCGACACACAUGUCAGCUUCUGCACCUCCAUCCUGGUUAUUCUCCAACAACUUCACCCCUACAUCACCGCAACAAGACAAGAUGGUUAAGGAGAAGAAGUCCGAGAAGAAGGUCAAGGCCGCCGCCGCGCCGACCCAACAGGCUCCUCCCGAUCAAUUGAUGGACCUCGUCGACUCCUUCCUCUCCGAGAACGCCUUCACCUCCGCUCAUGAGGCUUUCCGGAAGCAGCGCGCCCAGAGCGGCUGGAAGCCCUCCAAGAAGCAAGCUACCCGUCCCAGCCUUGUUGCUGUCUUCCAGACCUGGCAAACCUCCAUCGAUGGUAACGCCGCCGCCGCCAAGGUCGACGAUAAGAAUGUCAAGGCCGUAAACAGCGACACAGAGAAGGAUGUGGACAUGGCCGAUGCCGCUGCCGACAGCGAUAGCUCUAGCAGCUCCAGCUCCAGCUCCAGCUCCGAUUCUGACUCGAGCAGCGACAGCGAGAGUGAGGAUGAGAAGCCCGCGCCGAAGAAGACUCUGAAGCGUAAGGCGCCCGAGUCGGACAGUAGUAGCAGCGACAGCAGCAGCGACUCUUCCAGCUCGGACGACUCCAGCUCGGAGGAUGAGGCUCCCAAGGCCAAGAAGCAAAAGGUCAAGAAGGAUGACAGCAGCUCGUCAUCCGGCUCCAGCUCGGACAGCAGCUCUAGCAGCGAGAGCGAAUCCUCCGAUUCCGAGUCUGAGUCUGAGUCCUCCGACUCCUCCUCUGACUCCUCCUCCGACUCAUCCUCCGACUCUGAUUCCGACUCUGACUCCGACUCGUCCGACAGCGAUUCCGACUCUGACGGCUCUGAGGCUGCAAAGGUGCCCCUUCCUGACUCCGACUCUGGCUCCUCAUCUUCCGAUUCCUCCUCUGACUCGGACUCGGACUCGAACGAAGACACCAAGAAGUCUGGCAAGAAGGCCGCCAAGGCCGCCAAGGCCGCUGACUCGGCCUCCAACUCCUCCGCAACCCUCGAGAAGACAUCACCCGAGCUCAAGCCCGAAACCUCCACCGCCGCCGACCCUCCCCUGCCCCCCGACCCCAUGCUCAACCGUGCCAACAACCGCGGUGGCAAGGGCGCCAACGGAAAGGAUAAGAAGGUGCCCAACAAGCCCUUUUCUCGCAUCCCCGACGAGGUCUACGUCGACCCUAAGUUCGCCAGCAACGAGUACGUCCCCAAUGACUACUCUCAGCGCGCGCACGAGGACCUCAUUGUCACCAAGGGCAAAGGCUUCACCAAGGAGAAGAACAAGAAGAAGCGCGGCAGCUACCGCGGCGGUCUGAUCGACAUCUCUGAGAAGAAGGGCGUCAAGUUUGACUUCUAGGUCAUUCGACUUGCUCAAGCUAUGGAUCGUCUUGCUUUUUGAUCUUGGAGUUUGGAACCCUUAAAAGAAACACCCCUGUGUUCAUGUUUUCUGGGGAGAGAAGCAGGGGGGCCGGAUGGAUACCGCGUUUGCGUUUCUUUGCCUAGAGCAUUGCAAUUUCUUUUUUAUUUUUUGGAAGGGUCGGGAAAGACGACUGGGCCUGGUAGACGGCAUAAUCACUAGAAUUGGUAUUAGCUCUCACGUAUAAGACCGUGUACAUAGAGCUCAAAAGUCAAAACGUCCUUCA